CCUGCCUCCCAAGAUGGCUGCGCUGCUGCCGGGCCCGCAGCCAUGGAACCGCGUGAGGCUCCCUAAGGCGGGGAGCCGCAGCACAGUGAUCGUACAGGACCCCGGCGCGGCGCUGGACCUUUGCAUUGCAGCUGUAAUUAAAGAAUGCUGUCUCGUUACAUUGUCACUGAAGAGCCAAAUCUUAGAUGCAGAAACAGAUGUAUUAUGUGCAGUCCUUUACAGCAAUCACAACAGAAUGGGCCGCCACAAGCCCCAUUUGGCCCUCAAACAGGUUGAACAAUGUUUAAAACGCUUGAAAGACAUGAAUUUGGAAGGUUCAAUUCAAGAUCUCUCUGAGUCAUUUUCUUCUAAUGAAAAUCAGCCUGUAAAUACCAAAGCAUGUGUCGUCCCUAGCCAACCAGUGGUGGAACUGGUGUUGAUGAAGAUUUUGGGAGCCUGCAAUUUGCUACUUCGCUUGUUGGACUGUUGCUGCAAGACAUUUCUCUUGACUGUGAAACAUCUAGGUUUGCAAGAAUUCAUUAUUUUAAACCUUGUGAUGGUUGGGCUGGUGAGCAGGUUAUGGGUUCUCUAUAAACAUGUUUUAAAAAGGCUGGUUUCUUUAUAUGAGCCAUUGUUUGGAUUACUUCAAGAGGUCUCCAGGAUUCAACCAUUGCCUUACUUCAAAGGUUUUACCUUUCCUUCUGAUAUUGCUGAAUUUUUAGGAGAGCCCUACUUUGAAAUCUUUAAGAAAAAAAUGCCUACAGCUUUUGCAGCUAAAGGAGUAACUAAACUGCUAAAUAAACUAUUUCUAACAAAAGAGCAAUCACAGAGGUCCAGUGAAGAAACAUUACUUAGAAUUUCCAAAAAAGCUAAACAAAUGAAGAUCAAUAUUCACAAUAAUGUGGAUCUUGGACAGCCAGUAAAGAAUAAGAAAAUCUUAAAAGAAAAGUCAUCAGAAUUUGACGUGAGGGCUUUCUGCAAACAGCUGAAACACAAAGCUAUUCAGGAGAACAGUUUUGAGUUUAAGUGUUCUCAAUCCAAACUAAAGGCAACCAAACAUUCUUCUUGGAAAACAAUAGGAACUCCCUGUGUAAAAAGUCUUGUGCAAAGAUUCCGAGAAACUGAGACUUUCGUACAACUUUCUGAAGAGAUCCAAAUGGCAAUUCUGUGGUGUAGGAGCAAAAAACUCAAGGCUCAGACCACCUUUCUGGGUAAUAAACUUCUUAAAAGUAACCGGCUUAAACAUGUGGAAGCUCAAGGCUAUAGUUUGCCAAAGAAACUAGAGUGCAUAAAAACAUCAAUUUGCAACUGCCUUCUUCAUGGCUCAGGUAGCAAAACUUUGAAGAAUCAUCUGAGACGAAGAUCACAGAAUAAAUUUUCAUUGAAACGAAGGAAACCACAGAGAAAGUUGCAAUCGACUAUUUUAAAGGAAACCCAGCAGCCCCCUCAAGGGACUCAGAGUGCUACCGAUAUCAUUAAAGGGAGACUCUCACACCCUACAGUUCGUACAGCUGAUCUCUACCCUAACAAUAAGCAAGUGUUGAAUAGAAGAGUUUCAAGUCCUGUCAUACAAACUAAGGAGAAACAAAUUCAUGAAAAUCUUAUAGAAAGCAAUGAAAAUGAAACUGAUUCUUGGACAACGAUGCAAAUAAAUAAACAUAAUACAUCAGGAAUCACCAAGGAGACAGAUGACAUUGAUGAUAUUUUUGCUUUAAUGGGAGUUUAGAUGCUCAUAUGUGAGACUUUUAACUGGUUAACCAACUGCUCCACUGUUCUGUUUUAAGUAGAACAGCUGAGAUCUGGAAAGAUCUGAAAGUACCAUUUGGACUCAGAGGAGCUGCUUAAGUGCAACAUUGUAGAGCAGUUCAUUUUAGUUCAGUAAACACUUGUCAUAGCUUUGUGUCAUUUAACUGACAAGUAUUU